AUCAAACUAUCUUCUAUCUCUCUCCAUGGAAUUAUGCUGUCUUCUCGCAAAAUAGUUUCACAAAUGUGUGCAAUUAUUAGUUGAAAUGAGUUUAAUUUCGAUUUGGCGAUGGUUGAAUAAUGAACAUUUGAUAAGUUGCAAGGCAAAGGACGAUCAUCAUCAUCAACAUCAACAUCAUCAUCAGCGACAUAAUCAGCAACAGAAGCGGCGUAAUAUGCAAUCAGGAUUUCCGUCUUCAUUAUUACGAUGCUGUAUAAUUACUUGAGAAAAUGGAACAUUCGGAAGCGAAGACAUUAUUUGGAUACAUGAUAAGCACCAUUAUACACAACAUCAUCGCAGUCAUUCAUAAAGUGCCAUCAUUUGGCUUAGACCAUUCAUCGAAGAAGCUUAGUGACAUUUCAUUAUCAUCACUGUCAUCAUUAUUAUUUGUGGGAAGUGCAUUGGACGGCUGCUGUCAGAAUGGUCACUUACAAUGGCUUCAGCUUUGGAGGGCAGGCCCCUCCAUCGAUUCUGGCCCCAUUAUCACCGACCCUCAUGAAAACAACCAGCACAACCACUACAACGACGACAACAACAACUACAACAGCCGCCACAACACAGGCUGCCCUAAUUCUAUUGGAGAACAUCACAGCACUGGUAUUCGAAGACAGCCGUGUAAAUCAUACAAACGUUACGCACGUCGAAGAGCGUGGCCUGCGUUACACAAUACCGCAAAUGAUCCUGUUGGCAAUUAUUGCGACAGUACUAAGUAUUUUGACAGUUGCGGGCAAUUUCAUGGUCAUGAUUUCAUUUAAAAUCGAUAAACAGCUGCAGACCAUCAGCAACUAUUUCCUAUUCUCACUAGCCAUUGCGGAUUUUGCGAUUGGUCUAAUUUCGAUGCCAUUGUUUGCUCUAUCGACCAUCCUUGGAUAUUGGCCAUUGGGGCCGCACAUAUGUGACACUUGGUUGGCCCUGGAUUAUCUAGCCUCCAAUGCGUCUGUGCUGAACUUGCUAAUUAUAAGUUUUGAUAGAUAUUUUAGUGUAACCAGACCAUUAACAUAUCGUGCAAAGCGUACCACUAGUCGGGCGGCUGUAAUGAUUAGCGCCGCUUGGGGUAUAAGUUUGUUACUGUGGCCGCCAUGGAUUUAUAGUUGGCCGUAUAUUGAGGGUAAACGGACGGUGCCGGAGAACGAGUGUUAUAUUCAGUUUAUUGAGACGAAUCAGUAUAUUACAUUUGGAACGGCAUUGGCGGCAUUUUAUUUUCCAGUGACGAUAAUGUGCUUUUUGUACUAUCGGAUAUGGCGAGAGACUAAGAAACGACAAAAGGAUUUGCCUAAUUUACAGGCGGGCAAGAAGGAUUCAUCGAAGCGUUCGAAUUCGAGCGAUGAAAAUACCGCGGUUAACCACCAUGGCAUGAUGUCCAUUUCGCAUGUUGGAGGUAAUGACCAUGAUAACUGGCGACGUCCUCGAUCUGAGUCAUCGGCGGAUGCAGAGAGUGUUUACAUGACAAACGCUGUUAUAUCCGAUGCGGGAUAUCAUGGAAUGCAUUCACGAAGAUCGAGUAUAAAAAGUGGCAGCAAUAUGCGAAAAUCGAAUAAAUGCUUUGGCGGAAUAAAAGAAUGGUGUAUUGCGUGGUGGCAUUCUGGCCGUGAGGAUUCUGAUGAUUUUGUUUAUGAACAUGAGGAUCCCUCGGAUUUAGGGUAUGCAACACCUGUAACCAUAGAAACUCCUUUACAAAGCUCCGUAUCCAGAUGCACAUCGAUGAAUGUAAUUCGUGAUCCAUAUGGAACUGUGCGACCACCUAGUAUGAUAUUACCCGAUGUUUCACCAACUCCAUUACGACCACCGCUUACGCCUCUUUCGCAACUUCAAGAAAUCUCGGGACCACGCGAUUCGCGCUCAUUACCAAUAAAUAAUAGCAAUCGUCUUGGCUCGCGGUCUGUUAGCCAAGACUCCGUCUACACUAUAUUAAUACGCUUGCCGUCAGAUGGCGCCAAAACGGGCGACGAACAUGCCCCAUCAAUAAAAAUGAUACAAGAUGAUGUUCCUUUACCCGCAAUUUCGGCGGCAGCAGCAUUACCACCGAGACGGCAAUUACCGUCACGAGACUCCGAAUACAGUCUGCCAGUUGUUCGAAGGCUGUCGCAUGCCCCGCACGAUAUUCGAAUACCGCUCAAUGCGAAAAUCAUACCCAAGCAGCUGGGCAAAACCGUUCAACCCCUCACCGCCCGGCAGGCAAAGAAGAAGAAAAAGUCUCAAGAGAAGAAACAAGAGUCGAAAGCAGCCAAAACCCUAUCCGCCAUUUUGCUUAGUUUCAUCAUAACCUGGACCCCGUACAACAUCCUGGUGCUGAUCAAACCCCUCACCACGUGCGGAGACUGCAUUCCCGAUGAGCUGUGGGAUUUCUUCUACGCCCUCUGCUACAUCAACUCCACCAUCAACCCCAUGUGCUAUGCGCUCUGCAAUGCGUCCUUCCGGCGGACCUACAUCCGGAUCCUAACAUGCAAAUGGCAUACGAGGAAUCGUGAGGCGAUGGUUCGAGGUGUUUACAAUUGAUAGGAUUACCUUCAACGAUGCCAACGAUGACGACGACGAGGACAAAGUAAGCUAAAGGAUGUUAUUGUUGUUUUUUUGGAUGUUUUUCUACUUUGGGUUUGGUUUAAAUUUUUUAUCGAAGUCGAAGCCAUAUCGAUGUUGAUGUUGAUGUCGGGCAUUUUCGAAUUCGAAAGAUAUUCAUGUUUUGAGGGCAGCUUAACUUCUUCCUUUGAAUUUCAUUCAUCGCACGAACUCGACCGCCUGAUGCCUGCCUGCAUCAUCGCACCGCAACGGUCAGAAGAACACGAAAAGAUUUUUCUCAAUUUUCAAAGGACUCUGCUAUACGGGCGCUUUUUAAUGCGGGUAGGACUAGGAAUAUAAGGUAUGCAGGUCCGGGACUCAGAACCCCCAAAGGGAUAUCGGAAGAACUCUGACAUGGUGCGGUGCUACUUUGGCUUUGUUUUGGUCGGUCAGUCAAUUUCAGUCCUGAAUUGAUUUUAUGUAAUUUAUUUUCAUUCCUUGAGCCAUUC